AUUUAGUAAUAAAUCAAAAAACAAAACAGAACAGAAAAAGAAACUUUUGACGCUUUACUAUUGUCAAUAUGCUCAGGUUAUGUCAGUGUUUCGUCGCUUGGUAUAAAUAAACGUUAGGCCUCUUUGCAUUUUUAUUGUUUUCCCUUUUGUUUUCUUCUUCCUUUUGACUUCAUCUCUUUAACUGAAAAGAAAUAAUGGGUUUUUGUAUCUAUUGUAAUUUGAAAGUUACAGGCACCACCACCACUUGCCCAAAAUGUUAUCGAACAAUUGCACUGACGAAAGAUAAGCCAGUCGACACUAAGGCUAGCACGGCAAUGUUUAGUAUUCCUAGAAAGUCAAAUCAAUCCAAUAUUGACAAAUGGCAGGAUACGUACAGCAAAAAAGCCAUUUUUAGCAGUGGAAUCAGCUCAUCAACGAGUACACCUCUGAAAGCAAGGCAGCAGAGGCCUAUGCCUACAUUUUCUAAAAAGGACUCGACAACCUCAAGGCUUACCAAAACCUGUGCUAAUUGUCAGAAGCCUCAGACUUCAUGGAAAGAUCUCUCUAUUUAUAAUUCUGCCUACUAUUGUAAGCCAUGUUUAUCAGAAGUUCUGGCGUGUCCUGGAUGUAAAGAAUCCGUUGAACAAGGUCAAAUUCAGACCUAUUUCAAUAAAAAAACAUGGCAUGCGGCAUGCUUAAGAUGUGCAAGCUGUGGCUCACCAUUGAAAGCCAUGUUGGCUACUGUUGAUAAUAAUGGAAAUCCCUCCUGUCGUGUCUGUAGAACCAAAAUCGAAGAGUCAUUGAAACCAUUUGGGGAUCAGUUUCCUCCUCCUCAAAGUACAAGUGCCUCAACUCCUCUGCUUCAUUCCACUGCUUCCCCAUCCAAGGCAUCCCAAAGUUCUGUUGAUAAAAUUCCACCUAUUAAGCCAAGAAGGUCUUCUGCUGCUUACGUUCCCUUCAAUUCUAAAGAGGCUUCCAAAGACCUUUCUGAUGGAAAUGACAUUCAAGAUACCCCUCCAGUUACUGCUGCCCCCGAAACUUUGAAAAAAGCUGAUGAAUUUACAUCCCCAAGGACGGGUACAAACAAGGAAGAAACACCUGCCAAGGAACCUACGCCUACAACAAGUACGGCUCCUCGUCGUAAGAAAGUGGUGAAAAAGCCAUGUAGAGAGUGUGGAUUGCAUGUUUCCAGAAAAGAUUAUCGUGGUCUCAAGAUUCAUACUGGCGAAACGCUUGUCUUCCAUAGCUACUGCCUUUUCUGUGCAAAAUGCCAUCAGCCAUUCAAUACACUAGAGUUUUGUACUGACGGUAUGAAUUUCUAUCACAUGCAGUGCCCUCCAUCUCUCGCUAUACCUUCAAGAAAUGAUACGCCACUGAGUGAAGAAGAUGAGGCCUAUCCUCGUACCCCACCUUCAGAUCAAGCUUACUUCAAUAUUGCCGCUCAGUCACCAACAACGAAUACAAUGUCUCCUUCGUCCCUGCAACCUGAAUUCACACCAGACGGUCCUCAAGAAAAAAAAGAAGAUGGUUCCAUUACUAAGAACGAAGUGCAGCAAGAGCCUGUUGUAAUUAUAUGUAAUGCAUGUUCUCUACCUGUAACUGAUACAUGUUUAGAAUUAGCAAAUCAAAUCUACCAUAAAGAGUGUCUUCUAUGUGCUGGUUGUAAUAAGACAGUGCCUACAGAUAAGAAGCUUAUCAAAUACCAAAAUAGGCUUUACUGUGACAUUUGUAGUAUGAAUCUCAUUGACAAACAGCAAAAACGAAGCCUUAGUAAUAAUUUAAAGGUGAAUACACAGUCAACAGAACAUGGCUUUACGGAAAAGGAAAAGAAUGAACAAAUCGAAGUGCCAAAGCGAAAUACAUCUGUCACAUCACCUUCUGAUAUUUUCAAAACGAGAAAGAAAGUUUUGCCUCGUUUAGGUGGAGUCCGUACUUGUGCUCGUUGUAACCAAAGUAUGCCCUUCUCUGAUACUCAACCCGGUCCCAAUGCUAGUCGUUGGCAUAAGAAAUGCUUACGCUGUGCUGGUUGUAAUAAGCAAAUGGAUUCAGAUGCUCAUAUGACUGUAAAUGAAGAGACUGGCUUAUGCUUGGUUCAUUGUCGCGAUUGCUUGGAUGAUACACCCAAACCAAGAUUUGUUCGACGCUAAACAAAGGAAACCUUUUGUUCCUCUAUUUAAGCACACUUCACAUUUAGUAACAUACAUUAUUUAUUUAAUAUCAUUAACUCUCGGUUUGUAGCUUUCCACAUUAGACCUCUUCUGUAAUCAAGCAUAAAUGAUCAUAAAAAACAAAACAAUUAGUCUAUGUAUUCCCAUAAUCUACGUAUAUUUUUCUUAACAAUUUUUUUUUAAAAUAAAAAAAUUCCAUCCACCAAAGGGG